AUGAGAAACUGCAAGAAGAGACCACGACCACCUACGAGGAGUCAGGGAAGACCGUCAAGAGACUUGUUUUAUCAAACUCUGACUGAUUAUUCGGAUGAAGAGACUCAAGGAAUCUUAGAGUUCAUGAAGAAACUGAAACAGGCCGAUGAUGAAACAUGCAUCUUCAAUCGAUUCUGCUGUGGGAUUGACUCUUAUCGAUAUGGUUGUAUAAACUACAUUAGUCUCAAAAACCGUCUCCUUUGGAUUCUCCGUGAUCACAAAGGUUUGCUCGAAGAGUUUCAUCAGCUUAAGUCAGGUUUUGCUUCUCCUGUAAUAAGAAACAACGAGAAGAAGAAAGAGAAAGCAGAAUCAGACAUGGAGCGUACGGUAGGGUUCUUGAAGAAAAUCGAAUUGUGUACAAAGCGUUUAUAA